UAAAAUAAGUGGGUGGUUUGACUAUUAAAGAUUUAGUUUGAAUUUCUUUGAAUAAGCUAACGAGCUUAAAACUUAGAGCGAAUUUUUUAUCACGGUGAUAAUACGUGCUCUAGGAGUACACUCUUAAGAAGGAAUUGAAUAAUAAAGAGAAGUUUUAUGUUUAAAAAAAUGAUUUUAAAACUUUAGAUAUACACCACUUAGUUUAAUUAGGUUUGUCCUCCUUAUAUAAAGUAAACCUAUAGUUUUAAAUUGUUAUUUCAAUUAUUAUAUUAAAUAAUAGAUUAUCAACCAUACUUAAAAGGUAUUAGUUUUGUUAUAUUUUUAUUAAUUAGUAACUAAUAACAUCCCUCAAUCACAAUAACAACACCGUUAAAUAACCUGUGACUCCUUCUCCUAGGGUUUAAGUGGAGAUUUGUUUCAAUAUUUAGAUCCAUAGAGGAUGAAUUAGGUUUGUAAAGUAAAACCACAUUGCCUCUAAAUUCCCACUACUAUAACACUUCAUUCUCAUUCAUGUUUUUUUUAUUAACACCAUAACCAUUCAUUACUUUUGCUACUGCAAUGUCCAAGCGAAAGCGAUUGCCGGCGUCGAUUUCAACCGGAGAUAGGAUUAGCGACCUUCCAGACUCAAUUCUGUCUCACAUUCUCUCUUUUCUUUCAACCAAAUUAGCCGUCAAAACAAGCAUCCUCUCCAAGAGAUGGAAACCAAUAUGGCUUUCUGUCCCCACUUUCGAUAUGUUUCGUUUAUUCCCCGAUCAUGUUCUUGACUCAGUCAUGCAAUCUCGUGAUCCCAAAUUACCAAUACUAUUAUUCCGCCUCAAGUGUUCCGAACCCGAAAACUUCGACAGUCUUAUCAGUUCAGCAACACAAAGAGGUGUUCAAACCCUAGAUCUUAACCCGAUGUGUGUGCCUUUAAAGACGAAAACUCUUUCCGACAUACUAAAUUGUAAGACUCUCACGGUUCUCAAGUUGACAAACAUAUACAUUAACGACGAAGAGGUUCCUCAAGUCAAUGUUUCUUCGAUCAAAACUCUUCAUUUGGAUACUGUCCAUUUCGGCCGAUCUGAGAAACAUAUAAUCAGCUUUUUCUUAGCCUUUCCCGUUGUAGAGGAAUUGCAAUGGCAAACAGAUGAACAAUUUGUAUUUUUUGGGAGGAAAUUUAUUCCACAAACAGGAGGGACUAUUAACUGUUUUCCAAACUUGCUGAGAGCUAAUAUUUCUGACAUUGAUCUUAUUUCUUUCUUCUCCCAUUCUAGGGCACUACUUCUCAAUGUAAAGCAGAAACCGCAACUCGAGAUUGUCCAAAUCCCCAUGUUUUACAAUCUAACUCAAAUGGAGCUAGUUUUUAACGUUCAAGAAAGAUGGGGGGCCAAGUGGGAGUGGAUACUAAAAAUGCUUCAACAGAGUCCCAAUCUUCAACAUCUUAUCAUUCACGAGGAAAGAGAAAAUGAAAAUGGAAUCAAUGACAAGAAAUGGGAGGACCCGAAGAUUGUUCCGGAAUGUGUUUCAUCUCGGCUCAGAACUUGUUUGUUUAGAAGUUGUAGAGGCACAAAGAGUGAGGUUAAAUUUGCAGAAUAUGUUAUGAGGAAUUCAAAAGUAUUAGGUACCAUGACAAUUCAUUGCUUCGCUUUUAUAGGUAUAAACAAAAUGGAUGAAAUAUUACAGAAAUUAUCAGUUUGUCCAAAGAGUUGUAAACUUAUAUUUGAUUGAUGAUGGCAGACUAAGAUAUGUAUUAUUCUUACCUGUCUAGUAUUUGGUUAGAUUAAUGUACAAUUAUGAUUAUGAGA